GUUGUGAUCGCCAGGUGAGCGAAGGUUGUGCCGCGGACAAACCAAAUUCAAAACAGAACACAGACAAAAGCAACCGGGACUCUGCCAUGUCCGGAAAACUGAUAAUGAAGCGCAAGCGUGCGGAUCAGCGUAGAGCUCAGCAGGCUGAUGAGCAGCAGGAACAGCCCAAUGAUCAAGUCACCGAGAAGCGCCAUCGCUUGGACCUUGAGCCCAGAUCGGAGACACCACCACCAAUGCAACAACAAUCUCCAGCAGCCAGCAAUUCGGAUGCGGAUGCUUCCAACAGCAUCUUACUUGAGGCACUACAAAAGAUAAUGGAGUUGCAGUCGGAGCUGGAUUCAUUUGAACAGGAUUUGGAUGAGCGAGAGGUCAGCACGCAUGAUGAAGAUGAAGAAGAGCAUCUGGAUGCGGAGGUAGCUGCGAGCUUUGCACCAGCAACCCGACGCAGCGAGGCAGAGGCCUUGGGAUUUGCCAUGUGCGCACGCGAAACGUUGCUCUUCCUUCAAAGCGAAGGCGUCUCCACGGAGUCUGUGCUGUACAAGACACUGCUUGGAAAGCUGGUCGGUCAAAGCGAUGGACUCCUGCAGGCCUAACGAGACAUGAAGCGUCAACCAAACCGCUCUGCUCCGCUCCCUCGGCGGGACAUUCUAGUCAAUUUACUUCAAUCUUAUUGCAAGUGAAAAAAAAGUUUCAGAUGCUUGCCGCCUAUAUGGGAAGUAUCGGUUCCAGGAUCCCAAGUCUGAACAAAUUAAACACCCAGGCAGCGUCGUAUGAGAAGAGUGCAAGCCACGAACACAAAUAAUAGCUUGUAAUUAUUUACUCUAGUCAGUUAUUGUGAAGCAAUAUAAAACUUAAAUACUACCAAAUAAAUAAAAAAUAGUGAAUAAUA